CAAGUUCACUUCUGUAAAGAACUCAACCAAAUCCUCCACUCAAGCAACAUGGCAUUCAAGUUUGUCUUCGCUCUCGCCUUCGUCGCCGUUGCCAGCGCUGGCUACGUGCCCCAGGCUUACCACGCAGCUGCAGUUGCUGCCCCAGUUGCCACCUAUGCUGCUGCUCCCGUCGCCGUCGCCCAGAAGGUGCUGGUCAAGUCAUCCGAUGAGACCUACGAUCCCCAUCCCCAGUACCGUUUCUCCUAUGGCGUCGACGAUCAGCUGACUGGUGACUCCAAGAGCCAGGUUGAGGAGCGCGAUGGUGAUGUGGUCCGUGGCGAGUACUCUCUGGUUGAUGCCGAUGGCUACAAGCGCACCGUCCAGUACACCGCCGAUCCCAUCAACGGCUUCAACGCUGUCGUCAACCGUGAACCCCUCGUCAAGGCCGUUGCCGUUGCCCCCGUUGUGAAGACCAUUGCUGCUGCCCCCGUUGCUCACUAUGCUGCCCCCGCUCCAGUGGCUCACUAUGCUGCCCCAGCUGUCGUCAAGACUGUGUCUCCAGUUGCCCACUACGCUGCCCCAGUUGCCCAGUAUGCUGCUCCAGCUGUGGUCAAGACUGUUGCCCCAGUUGCUCACUAUGCCGCUCCAGCUGUUGCCCACUACGCCGCUCCCGCUGUUGUCAAGACCGUGGCUCCAGUUGCUCACUACGCUGCCCCAGCUCCAGUGGCUCACUAUGCUGCCCCUGCUCACUAUGCUGCCCCAGCUGUGGUCAAGACCGUGGCUCCCGUUGCCCACUAUGCUGCCCCAGCUGCUCACUAUGCCAGCUAUGCCGCCCCCGCUGUUGCCUACCAUCAUUAAAGUGUUGAGUUGAGUCCUUGACUGUUGUGUGUACUAUAUAGAAUCGUUGCUCAUUUUACUGUACAUUUAUUUAUUGACAUUACAAUAAAACAAUGCAUACAUGAAAAUAUUAAAACAAA